UUAAGGCUUCUGAUUGGAGCAGCGCCGUUCUUUGACUCCGCCCACAGGGCUGACGUCUCUUCGUAAACAAACCGUCACGUGUUUCCGUUUUUCUGAGGAAACCGGAAGUGGCGAACUCGCUCGCUCAUCAAAACAAAAACACAUCCGUUUGCUUGUUGUCGCUUCCUCUGAACGUUUUAUACCCGGGACAUUGACGUCACGGAGUCCGGUACCGGCCACACGGUCCAAACGGAGUAACGGAAACCGCUGAGUCGAGCCGUUAGCGUUAAAAAGUCUGUUAACGUUAGCUUAGCCGGUUAGCUUAGUUAGCUCCUAGCUAGCUCUCGGCUAGGACCUGGGCGGGAUACAGCUACGGCGACGACAGAUAUUUUUAGACCCCAAAACGAAACAGAAAACAGGAAAAAGGUCGUGGUUUCGGAUUAAAACACUCCCGAGGAACGAACACGCGUUUCCUCGACGAAAGUAUUAACGUUAUAUUAUUUUAGCCGAGACUUUGCGUAAUUUCCGGUCGUAGCUGUAUCCCUUCUAGCCACAGUGGUCUCCCUCUCCAUGGCGUCCUCUGCGGGGCUCCCCCUGCUCGGUCCGGACCGUGCCGCACUAUCCCCGGGCCCGCACCCCACCGGGAGGCCGCUCCUCCGGCCCCACCACCCCCAUCCGGCCCACUCCAGCCCGGGUUGUGUGAUGGUUGAGUCGGUGGACGACGCGGAGGGUCUGUACGUGGCGGUGGAGCGGUGCCCCCUGUGCAGCACCUCGCGCCGCAGACUCACCUGUGCCCGGUGCGUCCAGGCCGGUGACUUCGUGUACUUUGACGGCAGGAACACUGAAAGAUACAUUGAGAAGUUGGAGCGACUGAAGCAGCUGAAGGAAGAAAAGGAAGAACUGCAACAGAAAGUUAUCCAAAACAUGGAGAGGAAGCUGCAGGCGGACGAGAUGCAACAGUUUCAGCAGCAGUGA